AUGCACGCAUUCUUUGAUGGGUAUAUUAACUCAAAAACCACUUUGAAACAAUUUGUGGAGCAAUAUGAAAAUGCUAUGGCAAAGAAGGUUGAAAAUGAAAAUGGUGAAUUCAAUUCUCUCAACUCAUACAUCCCAUGCAUAACUCAAUAUCCAUUUGAAAAGCAAUUUCAAAAUGCUUACACAAUUGCAAAAUUCAAAGAGUUCCAACAGGAGGUUGUAGGAAAGAUUUAUUGCAAUUUGUCUCUGUGUUCAGAAGAUCUUAAUUUUUCUGUGUAUGAAGUAAGUGAAGAUGUUCCCUUUGGAGAAAGCCUUAGACUUGCAACUUUCACAGUAUAUUUGAAAGAGGACAGCUCUGAAACAAAUUGUAGUUGUCGGUUGUUUGAGUUUAGGGGAAUAGUGUGUAGGCAUCAAAUUGCAGUGCUCAUGAAAAAAAGGAUUCAUCAAAUGCCAGACAAGUAUAUUUUAAGAAGAUGGAACAAAAAUGUGAAAAGAUGUCACACUAAAGUGCAUAUCAGUUAUGACAACUCUUCUAUUAAGCCUGAAGCACGUCGCUAUGAUAAAAUGUUCAAUGUCUUCAAUGAGUUACGUGAACUAAAAGGGGAGUUGAAAGAAGAAGUUGAUGUUGUUAGUGGAAGUAACAAGUUUGGUUCUAUGAGUACUCAGAAUGCUUCAAGCUCAUAUGGGGAUGGUGUCUUAAAUUCAAAGGAGAGCACAACCAUACUUGAUCCAAUCGUUGUCUAUCAAAAAGGGAGGCCACCAUGUAAAAGGAAACAGUUUAUGCUUGAAAAAACUAUUAAAAAGAAGCAAAGAGUGAAGACCAAGACAAAGACAAAGACCACUAGCACCAGCAGCCAAGGAAAUAUAGAGCAAUCUGAAUUUAGUGCGCCUUCACAUAUGGGAUUUGUUGAUCUUGGUACACAAGAGAGUAUUAAAAUCAAUGAAUCUGAAAUGUUGGCUCCAAGUUUCGGGCAACAAAACAUGCUCCAAGGACACUUGUCAUCCCAAGGACAUCAUCAUCCAUCUCAAUCUUGGAUGUUGGGCAAUUCAAGUUUCACGAAAAUGUUGAAUGAUAUGGCGCACUCACAAUCUGAAAAUCCCGAACGAGACAAAGAUGAAAGAAGUUGA